CGAGCCACACGCCGAUCGACCUGGUGGAACCGCGAGGUGCCAGUCCGCGAGGAGGAGCCAACGAAUCCGAGAAUGCAGUCCGCCGAGCAGUUGCGACCAGAACAGCUGGUGGGCCUGGUGGCCCGUUCGGCCGAGGGUACGGCCGCCAAGGGGAUGCCGAUCAAGGGCCACGAGGAUCUCUGGGUGGAGAUCCAGGCCAACACCUUCCGGAACUGGGUGAACGAGCAUCUGAAGCACGCCGGCGACGUGGGCGGUGGCCCCGUGCUGGACCUCGCCGAGGAUUUUAGGGAUGGCACGCGUCUCUGCGCCCUGGUCGAGGUGUUAACGAAACGCCGCCUGCCACGAUGGAACCCGCGACCGGCGAACCAGCACCACCACCUGGAGAACGUGUCCACGGCGCUGCAGGCCAUCGAGGCCGACGGCGUCAAACUCGUCAACAUCGGUAACGUGGACAUCGUGAACGGCAAUCUGAAGCUGAUUCUGGGUCUGAUAUGGUCGCUCAUCGUGCGGUAUCAAAUUGGCAAGUCCAAGUUCCCGCCGAGAAAACUCAUGCUCGCAUGGCUCAAGGCUGUCUUGCCGGAGUGCAGAGUCAAUAAUUUCACGACCGAUUGGAAUUCCGGCGUGUAUCUGAGCGCACUUUUGGACUACUGCAAGCCUGGGCUGUUUCCCCACUGGCGCCAACUCGAUCCGAACGACAGUGUCUACAACUGUCGCAAGGCCAUGGAAAUAUCGAAGCGGGAGUUCGACAUCCCCAUGGUACUGGAGCCGGAUUAUCUGGCGUCGCCUUACUUGGACGAGCUCUCGGGGAUGACCUACUUGUCGUAUUUUAUGAAGGAAGGCUCGCCGGGCUUCCACGCAACGCUACGAUGGGUCAAUUCGCAAUUAUCACACACCUCGAUACGGAACUUCACGACGGACUGGAACGACGGUCGAGCUCUGUGCGGAAUCGUCAGAAAUCUGGGCGGCCCGGCGCCACCCUACGAGAAACUCGAUGCCGACCCCUCCGCGUGGGAGCACAAUUUGCAAAUGGGAAUUGACGGUGGCAAGAAGCUGGGCGUGGAGCCAAUAUUAAAAGCGAAGGACAUGGCGGACCAGAACGUGGAGCAUUUAGGUGUGAUGGCAUACGCGGCGUACUUUCAGUGGGUGAAGCCUCGCCCUCAGGCGAGUCAACAGAUUGCCGUGCACAUCGAUAGCACAUCCGCCCGAAUGCAACAGCCGGCACAUUUUAAAUUGGAAAUGCUCACCAAAGAUGUAAACGCGAGGGAGGUACGCGGCGAAAUCAUCAGUCCCAGCGGACGUGUCGAGUGCAGGCUUACGUGGAACGGGGUUCAUGGGAAAGGCACCUUUGUACCUACGGAAGUCGGCAUGCACAAGCUGAUGGUGUACAAUGAUGGCGAGCUGGUGAACGGGUGUCCCUAUUACUUCAGGGUCUUGCCGUCGCUAACAAAAAUCAAAUCCCCGGGCAUGGAUCCUUGCGCUAUAGGAUCUAUCGUUGAAGUUCUAGUCAACAGUUACGGAACUAGUCAUGACGGCAUCGACGUAACCGCGUGGUCUCCGACCGGAAGAUCGUUGCCAUGUCCCGUCAAGGAAAAGGACGGUGUACACACUGCGACCUUCCAGCCUGACGAGACAGGAGAGUGGAGUAUUGCGAUAACACACAAGGGAAAUCACAUACAAGGCGGCCCCUUUACUUGUUUCGUAUUCGAUCCUAAUGGAAUCAAGCUUUUGGAUACCGACGGCGCCAUGCCCGGACAACCGUUCUCUUUUAUUGUCGACGCGCGGGGAACCGGCGGGCUCGGCGACGUAAUCAUCGACAUCGUCCACGAUAAACAAUCGGUGCCUUACAGGAUGGAGGACUUCGGCCAUAUGCAGUAUCGGGUGUCUUUCGUGCCUGGCGACGAGGGCAAGUACCGGGUGUACGUGUAUUUUAAUGGUUCGGAUGUGCGCGGUUCGCCAUUCUCCAUACGCGUGGGCACGCAGAGGGGCUCCCGCAGAUCGAAGGAGUCUACAUCCAGCCUCGAACGGUCCAAGGUGUCGUCCCUGGAACGACGAAUGAACGGAUUGAACAUGUCCGCGACGGAACGGAGCAGCCCGACCCAGAAGAUGUACACCUCGACCGCGUACAAAUCCAUCAGCCCGACGCAGCGCGGUUACUCGCCGAUCCAUCAGACGAGCCCGACGUACAAAAUGUCCAGCAACUACGUCACCGACAACUCGACGACUUAUCACAGCAGCAGCUCGCUGAACCGCACUCGCUCGCCGAAUCAUCUCAAUCAGAGCCCCGUGCAGAGGAACGUGCACAGCCCGUCGGUGUUGAAGGAAACGAAGGAGAUUUACAGCAGCAGCGCGUAUAACCACAGCAGAUCGCCGAACCUGCAGAGUCCCAGCUUCAUCAAGGAGUCCAAGGAUAUCUACUCGGGUUCUACGCUCAAUAGAUCACGAUCGCCAGAUGUGACGGUGAGCCCGACCGCUCACAUCAUCAAAGAGUCCAGGGACAUCUACAACUCGGGCUCCCUGAAGAGAUCGCGGUCGCCGACUCGUAGCCCGAUGACGUAUGGCAGUGCCACGCAGAGUCCCGUGAACCGCAGUUUCAGCCCGAGGACCGGUGACAAGGAUGCACCGUUUUUCGGCAGGCGCGGAUCCACGGACAACGGCGUCGUGGACACCAGCAGCAACGUGCGAGUGUCCUCGAUGGUGGGCGGUACGUCGAGGCGCGACUCCUGGGACGCGAUCACCAAGACGAAGUCGCUGCUUUCGUACGGCAGCCUCGAGUCUCUCGCGAAUCUAACGAACAACUCGCCGACCGCGGAGAACCACGGCGGCAGUCCGAACGGCAACUUCCUGAACAACAACUACAACAGCGCGCAGAGCUACUCCUCCAAGAACAUGACGUCACACACCGCGACGACGGCCUAUUCGUCCCUGCAGAAAUCAGCGAGCCCUGAUUACGGCACGGGUCAACCCGCCGCUCGCACGCACGGUAUCCUGAAGAACAAGAACAACAAUUAUUACGGCAAGAGCGUGGACACGACGGACGGCACCGCGACUCACGACAGAUACCUGAACAACGGCGGUACGAUCUACGUGUCCGCGUCGUCCGGCAAGAACGGCACGACCGUCGCCACCGGAAGCGCCUUGGAAACGCUACCGGUGCACCGGCCGACCACUUUCAGCGUCAACACCAGCGUGGAUCCCAAUAAGGUGUCCGUCACCGUUACCGGUCCCACCGGCAAGACCGUGCCGAUACAGAAAUCGAAGCUGCGUGGCUUGACGUACACCGUCACCGCCGAGGAAGUCGGCGAACACGUCAUCCAGAUUCUGGUAAACGGCCAGCACAUCAAGGGAUCACCCUUCAGAUCGCAGGCGUAUAACGCCCGAGCUAUACAGGUUGGGAAGAUCCCGAAUGGGGUAGUGAAUCAACCGGUAGAAUUCGAAAUUGACGGAUCUAAAGCCGGCUCAGGAAACCUGGAGAUCCUCGUAAACGGAGGACACGUUACAAGUUUCGUGAGAGCGCUAGGUAGCCAACGUUUCUUGGCGUCGUUUGUGCCACACGAAGCGGUUGCACACCUGGUCGAGAUGACAUUCAACGGGGAAGUCAUCUCUGGAUCACCUUGGCGAGUCGGCAUCAUGCCUGCACCGAAGAUGUCAGUGAUCGGUGAUUCCAUCAGGCUGGUUCCUGCUGGCAGUCCCGCCCUCUUCGAGCUGUCUGCAUUAGGCUUCAGCAGCAACGAGAUCGAUGUUCAAAUCAUAACACCUUCGAAGAGGCACAUUCCUGCGAGAAUUGACGAGGAACCCGGAAGAUCCGGUGAGUUCCGUGUCGAGUUCACGCCGACCGAGGUAGGCAGUCAUCUCGUGGAAGUGAGCAUCGCGGGACAGAAGCUACCGGCAGGACCACUUGUCGCCAAGGUGUACAACAGCAGUCUGAUCCAAGUUACUGACGUACCUAGCGCCGUAGUUGGACACGCCUGUCAAUUUAGGGUGGAUGCCAGCGCUGCUGGGGAAGGCCAAUUGGAGAUCUCCAUAAACGAGGGAGAGGUACCUAAUCACGUCCAGGUAGUGGGAGGUGGUCGUUGCCUCGUGUCCUUCACCCCCGAGGUCGCUAAGCCACAUUAUAUCGACAUAAAGUUCAACGGAGAAGCGGUGCGUGGGUGCCCCUUUGUCUGCAACGUGUCGGAUACGAGUAGAGUCACGUUGAGUUUGAAUCAUUUAGAACUAAUUCCGGUCGAGCAGCCUGCCAGUUUUCACAUGGGAGUCGACGGAAGUGGCAGCGCGGAGCUAGCGGUUUACAUAAGGGGACCAAAUAGUGAGUUGCCAGUUAAAGUCACUGGAAACGUAAGCAGCGGUUUUACCGCGGAGUUUAUACCGAAGGAAGUAGGUGUACAUUCAAUUAGUGUAGAGUACAAUGGCUAUCCCGUGAACGGCACGCCAUUUUUGGCUAAAGCAUUCAAUGCUGACAAAGUGCUAAUCGGGCCUGUAGCCAGAGGCAGUGUCGGUCAACCAACUCACUUUACUGUCGAUGCAAGUCAAGCUGGUGAGGGGAAUUUGGAGAUCACAAUAUCGGCUCGCGGCCAGAAUAUACCAACGCAAGUUACGCCACAGGGAAACGCACGAUUCUCCGUCAGUUUCGUACCGUUCGAGGCGUGCGAGCAUGUAAUCAACAUUGCUUUCAACAAGAAAACCGUACCCGGUUGUCCCAUAGUAACAAGGGUGGGUGGCGAUAGCCACGUAACUGUGAGUGGGCAGGCAUUAAGCAGCGCUGGAUUAGGACGGCAAAGCUAUCUGACUGUCAGUAACGUUGCCGGUAGCUUGGAGGAUUUAGAAGUUAAUGUUGAAGGGCCCAAUGGACAGGCCGUACCUGCUCAGGUCACUGACAACAAAGAUACGACAUGCAGCGUGGCGUUCACACCGAGAGUCGUCGGCGAGCACCGGAUAUCGGUCAACUAUCGUAACAUCCCGGUGGUCGGCAGUCCGUUCAGCUGUAAGGUGUACGACGUUACCGCGAUAAAAGUGAAAGACGCCAAGCGUGGUGUUAUCGGAAUGCCCGUAACUUUUUUAGUCGAGACUAGUCAGGCGGGACCAGGCAAUCUGGAAGUCACCGUAAAUGGCGGACGUGUGCCGACGUCGGCUCAGGCGCAAGGUCCUCACACGUACGCGAUCUCAUUCACGCCCCGAGAGCCGAUCGCGCACACCGUGGACUUGCGUUUCAAUGGGGAGGACGUGCCUGGUAGUCCCUUCAGUUGUCAGGUCAGCGAUACGGCGAAAGUACUGGUAACUGAAGUACUCGAGAAAGUGUCUGUGAAUCGUGUCGCGACCUUCACAAUAGAGGCCGACGCAUCUCUCGGCACGCCCGUCGUCGAAGUGCUCUCUCCCACCAGAGAGAGUUUAUCUGUACAUGUCAAACAGAACAGCCAUGGCACCUACACCGCUGGAUUUACUCCGAAGGAUGUUGGUGAUCAUAGUGUCGAGGUGAAGCUCAGCGGAUCGCACGUAGAAGGCAGCCCGUUUCUCGUUAAAGCUUAUAACGCUGAUAAAGUCAAGGUGACGGAUAUAAACAGCGGAGUCGUCGGAAAACCAGUAUUCUUUAGCAUCAAUGCGAGUCAAGCUGGGGCUGGAAAUCUGGAGAUUAUAGUCGCAGUGAACGGCAAGAACGUCCCGAAUUAUGUGCAAAGCGAAGGCAACGCGAAGUUCAGAGUUAAUUUUAAGCCACAAGAAGCCGCUGUACAUAGUCUUAGUGUUCGUUUCAAUGGAGAACCAGUCCCAGGUUCACCGUUCAGCUGCAAGGUGGUAGGUGCGGGUCAAGCAACAAUUUCCGGUCACAAUCUGAAAAUGAGCGCUGUGAAGCGAUUGAUGUCUUUCACAGUGGAUCCACAGAUUCCAUCCACGAACUGUGACGUUAUCGCGACGCUACCGUCAGGUAUCGCUUUGCCCAUCACCAUCGAACCCAUUGACGGCAAAUAUAACGUGAGCUUCGUGCCUACGGAAGUUGGCAGACACAACAUCAGCGUCUUGGUGGAUGGUGAAUCGAUAAAAGGCUCUCCGUUCGCUUGUAAUAUUUAUGAUGUAACUAAAGUACACGUAUCUGGCCUUACAGAGGCGUUGCUUGGUCAGGCAACUACAUUUACUGUCGAUGCCGCAGAAGCCGGCGAAGGUACGCUAGAACUAGUAGUUAGCACAGAGAACAAUACCGUAAAGGCUGAGGUAGUGGCUUGCGCUCGUGGUCUUUAUGACGUCACGUUUGUGCCACAGACGACGAGCACGCAUUAUGUUAAUAUCAGUUUCAAUGAUGACAAUGUGCCAGGAAGUCCAUUUAAAUGUCCCGUCAUUAGUGGCAUGUUACACGGUCCAUCGAUGGUUCGAGUCGGUAAUACGGCAUACAUAGAUCUAGACAUGUCCGACUUGCACGGUCCUGUAGCCGCUGAAGUAACCGGUCCAGAUGGAAUAAUCAUUCCGUGUACGUUAACCAAAUUAUCGUCUAGUUUGUAUCGCGUGGAAGUUCGAACGCGGCAAGUGGGAACGUACAGUAUAAUAUUCAAUGAUGGACACAAAAUGGUCAGUUCACAAACACUUCAAGCUUUCGAUCCCGGCAGAGUUUCUAUUAAAGAAAUAGCAGACGUGGUUUGUCAUCGACCCGGAACCAUUUUAGUUGUCGCAUCGAAGGAAGCUGGUCCUGGAAAGUUGUCUGUUAAUGUACGCGCCGGUGGUGCAGACGUGGACAGUCUCGUGAGAGAAAGGGAGAGCGGUGUUUAUGAAAUUGUGUUUCAUCCUACACGAGCCGCACCUCACAGAGUUCACAUAAAAUACAACGAAGUCCACAUUCCUGGAAGCCCGUUGGAUGUGACGGUACGUGGUCCGACAGGAGGACGAGAAGUGACAGCGACGGGAUUAGGUCUAUAUCAAUCGUGCGUUGGGAAAGUAACAUCCUUCACGAUUGAGACUCUCGGACGUCCUGGCAAGGAAUUUGAUGUGGUCAUCAGUGGUCCGCAGGGUAACGCCGUACCCGUACGUUGUUAUCAACAUCGCGACGGCAAUCUGCUCGCCGAAUUCACAACAAACAGCGUCGGCACGUAUAAAAUCGACGUGUUGCAUGGAGCAAAGCCUGUAUUGGGUUCGCCAUUCUUCUGUCAAGCCUUUGACGCCGCUAAGGUGAAGCUUCAGGAAUUAGGUCCCAUGACGAUUUCAGUUCACGAUCACAUCGCUUUCAAACUGAUGAAAGCCGACGCCGGCACGGCCGACCUGGAUGUAACGGCAACAAGCCCAUUGGGUCAGGAGAUCCCGUUGCAGGUCACGCCACUCAAUGACGGCGCCGAGAUGAUCGAGUUCUCGCCCAGCGUGCCCGGCACUUAUAUGAUCAACGUCACCUACGGCGGAUGUUCCGUGCCUGGAAGUCCAGUGGUAUGCACCGUCGAUGCGGCUGGGCAGGCUCGCGCGAAAGGCGAAGGAUUGCUGAGCGGUCAUGUGGGUAAACCGGCACACUUUAUCGUCACCGGCACGCGAAGUCCGCCAGCCGUUCAGGUGGACGGACCGGACAGUGUUUCCAAGGCUACCAUCGAGGCUGGCGCUAAUCCUGGCACGUGGAAUGUGUCUUACGUGCCGACCGAAAUUGGAGUGUUUGAUGUGAGGGUUGUUUCUGCCGGGCAACAACUGCCGGGAUCUCCGUGGCAUCCGAAGAUCGUCGACACGCGAAAUCUUCGCGUUAUCGGUGGCUGGUCUGCUGUGUGCGACGAUAUCGGUCGCUUGAAACUGCAUCCUUCGAACAAAAUCAGCUUCGACACCGCGGAAGCCGGACCCGGUGAGAUCAGUGGUACGGUCGGUGAUCAUCCUAUAUCUUUCGAAAUGACAUCGAGCAACAGAUUAAAACUCGUUCCGCCGCAAAUGAGCAACGGCGAGCAUCGCCUGGAGAUAUUAUUCAACGGCACACCGUUUCCUGGCGCACCGAAGCUUGCGAUCGUGCAGGAUUUGGAGCCACCAGUGCAGGAUACAAGUCGAGUGUUAUUGAAAGGGCGAGGAUUAACGUCGGCGAAAUGCGGCGAGGAAGUCAGUUUUACUAUAGAUGGUUCUCAAGCUGGAAAUGGGACCCCAAAAGUGCAAUUGUUUUCGCCUACUAGCGAACUUAAUGUUAUGUUACAACAUCUGGGCGACAGCGUCUACCGCGCAAGCUAUAUACCACUAACGCCAGAUCCGCUUUUGAUGACUGUGUCGUGGAAUGGAAGGCAAUUGAAGGGUUGUCCACUGCAAAUUAAUGUUACAAAUGCGGCCGACGCAUCUCGAGUUAUUUGCUCCGGAGAUGGACUGAAACACGGUGUGGUAGGGCAGGAAAUCCGAAGUUUCAUUGAUACUAGAAGAGCCGGACCAGGUGAGUUAACGGCACACUGUGUUGGACCACACAAAGUGGCGUAUUGCGAGUUGUAUGAUCACGGUGAUGCCACGUUUACGCUGAAUGUGAAGCCUCAAGAGGCGGGACGGCAUGCAUUAACGAUUAAAUACGCUGGAGAACACGUUCCCGGUUCUCCAUUUACGCUACGUGUCUCCGGCGCGCCGGAUGCUUCGAAGGUUCGCGUUUACGGACCAGGAAUUGAACACGGUGUACUGGCGACUUUCCAAUCGCGAUUUAUCUGCGACACACGUGGCGCCGGCGCCGGUCAACUUACAGUAAGAGUACGCGGACCUAAAGGUGCCUUCAGGGUAGAAAUGCAACGAGAGACUCAAAAGGAUCGAAUUAUUCUCUGUCGGUACGAUCCGACGGAACCCGGGGACUAUAGAGUGGAGGUUCGUUGGGCUGGUGUUUUGGUGCCAGGUUCUCCAUUCCCCGUUAAGAUUGUCGAUACGCAAGACGAAUUACUAAUGCUCACACAGGGCGGAGAUAAUUAUUCGACAGGCCAUCAUACUAUCACAUCGUGGCGUGGAUCGCAAGCUAUAUUGUAGAAACGUCACGACUAACAUUGUUAUUAUAUUUUGUAUGGACUAAUAUAUUCGAUAAUAUAUGGUAAUUAUUGUAACUUAUGUGCAAAUGUUCCAAUAAACUCAACAUUCCAAUAUA